CCAAGGUCUACUUGUCCUUGUUUGGACUCUUACGUACUUCAAGACUAGAAUAGAAUUAUAUCUUAAGCUCGUAAUUUUGUUCGAAUUAAUUCUUAAAAUUUAUGGGGCUUUACAGGUACACAGAGUCGAAAUGCUGGAGAGGUCGGAACACUGGAUGCUUUUUGUAGGCUGAUUAUCGCUCCUCAUGAGACUGCAGGGUUUUGUCCAUCCUCUCUAUCUAAAAAAUGGAUUAUGCUUUCUAUUACAUUAUGUUAUUAUGACGCUUGGAUUUCCUGGGAAGAGAUACCUUUGAUUAACAAAGACCGGAUGUGGGAUCUCUUUAGGACGAAGUGUACAUGGUAUCCCCAACAUGGUAAUCAAAUAUUUUGUAAUUUUGAUAAAACUGCUGCUGAUUUACUUAAACAUACCUUGUGUACUGCUCGGAGAGAGGGUCAAAAGCCCAAUCUGAUGGCAGAAUGUAUAUGGGCUAGACUUAAUGAAAAGUGGGCCACUGAGGAAUUUGAAAAAACGAGCAUCCAAGCAAAGGCAGCCCGAGCCUCUGACAAGGGUGACUCGUUGCACAUCGGGGGUUUAGCUAGUAUAAGGACUCAUCGACAGAGAUUGGAAAACAAAAAAGGGAAAACCACGACUUAUGAGGUUGUUCAGGAGAACAAUGUGAAAAAUAAAAAGGAUGGUCAUGGAACUCGAGUCGAACCACAUGUUGAGAAGACAUAUGUUGGGUAUUUUAAAGGCUUGGACGAAUGGCGUCAAAGUGACCCUACUUCUGAGGAUGGUAGCUCAACCGAAUCGUCACAGGAUGACGAAGCUUCAAUGUCGUUGGAGGCGAUUGGUGGCGUAAAAAAAGGUACACAAAGUCAAAAUUUUGGUGAGGUUGGAGCGCCGGCUGGUUUUCGGCUGGUGACUAUCACUCCUGAUUGGACCACUAGGUUUUUUUCCUUCACUGAAACUACAAAGAGGAUCAUGAAUUCUAUUAAAUCAUUUUAUCGUGAUGCUUGGAUUACCUGGACAGAGAUAUAUUUCUUCGACAAACAACAUAUAUGGGAUCACUUUAGGGUGCAGAUAUGGGAUAACUUUAGGAAGUAUGGAUGGUAUCCCUCUAAUGAUUAUCUAAUAUUUUAUAAUUUUGAGAAACAAGUUGAUGAUAUACUUAAAGAUACCUUGUGGACUGCUCGGAGAGAGGGUCAGAAGCCUAAUUGGAUGCUAGAAGGUAUAUGGGCUAAACUUAAAGCAAGGUGGGCAUAUGAGGAAUUUGAAAAGACGAGCAUCCAAGCAAAGGCAGCCCGAGCCUCUGACAAGGGUGACUCGUUGCACAUCGGGUGUUCAGUUAAUAGAGGGACUCAUCGACAGAGAUUGGAAAACAAAAAAGGGAGAUCUAUGACUUAUGAUGAGGUUGUUCAGGAGAACCAUGUGAAAAAUAAAAAGGAUGGUCAUGGAACUCGAGUCGAGCCACAUGUUGAGAGGACAUAUGUUGGAUAUUUUAAAGGCUUGGAUGAAUGGCGUCUAAGUGAGCCUGCUUCUGAGGAUGGCAGAUCAACCCAAUCGUCACAGGAUGAUGAAGCUUCAAUAUUCUUUGGAGGCGAUUGGUGGCGUAAAGAAACGUAAAGCCCGUGGCCUUGUAUCACAACUUGGCAUAGGCCAUCCUACAUCGGGAUUGUCUGGUGCUUCUGUUAGUUCUCUGCAGAAUCAGGAAGAGAUGGAUUCAUUGCGGAAACAAAUACAGAAGUUGUCGAAAAAGCGCAAAGCAGACCGUUUAAGACUUGCUCGAUUGGAGAAUCUAGUGCAUAAUCUCAAAGACAUCUGCCGAUCUGAUGAGUCUGACGACGACUCUGAUGGCGAGAAUUAGUUUGUUGUACUUUUGAUGUUCGGAACAUCUACUUGUUUGAUUUGGUUCGGAUAUAGGCUGAAUGAUGUUUGAAUGUCUAGACUUGCUUUUGGAUGUUAAAGACUUGAUUUGGAUGUUUCAAACUUGAUUUGGAUGUCUUAGUUACAAAUGUUUUUGUUUAAUGCUGUAACUGUUAGAAUU